AUGAAAAAAAAGCAAUCUCUGAACCAAGCACGACAGAUCCAAACAAAAGUUGUUGAACCCGUUUGUCACCCAAAAGAAGACAACCGUCACGGGUUGAAGCAACACCCACCUAGUCUUUAUAUUUCCGUCAUGUUCUCAUUGGGAAGAAGACGAGACGAACAGGCGCUCAUGCCCUCAUCCAGUGGGAGUUCCCAGAAACAAAAGAAACCCACCAUGAGAGAACGAUUGAGUAAUUUCAAAGACGGCUCGUCUGGCAAGAAGUUACUUCCGUCGUCUUCUUCUUCUUCUAUUACUUCAGUCUCGUCUCAAAAACAGCAAGUUGCUUUUUCAGGAGACGACGGCAUUGAAGUCUCCUUGGAAGGACCAGGAGGAGAAUCGCGUGAUCCACAAGCCUUGGAGCGUAGUAGUCGAGAACCAGUGAUUGACAUUCCCGAACUGAUUCGACUGCGACGCAAACUCUACCAAAAACAAUUCUCUAUUCAAGUUCCAGCCUUGAAACAACCAAAUGCUAUUAUUGCUGCUACCAAUGCUACUUCAGAGCUGCGGCAACAUCGAAUUCCAUUGUCAGGAACCAAGGAAACGAAAACUUCCUUUUUGGAUGCCCUUCACUUAUUGCAAAUAUCAGGUCCCAAGGAUGAACAGGCGGCGGUAUCCCAAGAACUCAGACACUUGUCCAUGGAACUAAAUGCAUUGGAAGCGGACAAGAUAGCCUUGGAACAAAAACAACACUCCGCUAGCAGCACGACUCGUCAAACAUCUUCCUCGUCUGCGGAUUGGGACAUUAAUCGCAUGCUGACCCAAACCAACACCAAAACAAAAACACCAUCAAAGAAGGAUGGUAGUAGUACUACUAGUAUAUCUGCUCAAGAGCGACAAGAACUCCAAACGAAACGGGGCACCAAUCUUACCUUUCACUUGUCCAGCAACAAGGCCAAGCAAGUAUUUUUGUCGAAAUGUGGAGCCAAAUUUGUUCCCGGCCAAGUGGUGACCAUUGGACCCCACAAUUGCAAGACGUCCAUGAUUAGUCAGUUACAAUAUUUGGCGUUACUCAGUGCUCCUCCGCAAACUCAUAAUUCCAAACCAGGAGUCGUUCAUACCAGCCUAUUCCUGUCCAGCGACAAUACCAUUACCCAAACAUGGGGACAGCUUCCACACAAUCUGUUGCCACGCAUCAAGGAUCAUGACAAAUUCAAGACGAAGGACAUCACCUAUUUGAGUUCCGGACCAAUGGGGUCGUAUUAUGCCGAAUUUGCAUCGGGUGAAUCUUGGUGGGGAAGUCCUAUUGACGAUGAUGACCUCUUUCAGCUAUUGCAAGAAUGGGCCGUCCAUCGAGUAGUUUUUGGACAUGCAGAAACACUGGAGGAUUCGAGAGGAGGUGGUGUGACGUUGACUCAUUCGUGGAUCAUCAUUGCCAAGGAUGGAAAACUGGCGUGGAAGAAUUUGCCAUCCAAACUGCAUAGUUUACUAAAGAAACGACCAAAAGGAAUGGCUGGAUUGGCGGAAGCGUCAUUAGGACCUGGGAACUCGUACUUUUGCAAGUUCUUGGAUGAUACGGUGGAGUACUGUUUACCAGCACAUAUUGCAUCGGCUUGCGAAAAGAUUCAACAGCAAGGUGGAAGAAUCACCAAUGUGUUUUUGCAUCCUGAAAUAUCCAAGGAUUUUGUCAUUCGACACACGGAACUCAAUGGUGGAAAAUUAUGA